AUGCCCCUAGAUGUUAAUGAUGUUGUUGUAUCGAAUUUAUUAGAGGAUUCGGUAAGCAAUUCCAAUUCUAGCUGGUUAUCAGCAAUGCUCUUAGUGCGAAUGUAUGGUACAAGAGGUGGUAACAUAGGAAGCCAUUUGAUCCCUAGGGGUUUUUAUAAGAAACUAGAAACUGUUUUGCAUUCCAAUAAAGAUUUUACAACUACAAACUACUUAUUAGAAUUAGCUGGAUAUCUUCCUAAACUGUCAAUAAAUAAGGAAAGUGAACGAAAUUCUCUUACCAUAAGUAUAACUCAGAGACCAAAGUUCUUGCUUGACAUACCUUCGUCUGUUACUACUGGAAGCUUCAAAAUACUUUAUUAUUUGAGCGACCUUAAUAAAACAUUUAAAAAUUUGUAUCAGUUAAAGUCUACUAGUUCCAAAAAUGGUGAUUUAAAUAAAUCAUUUGAGAAAGGUGAAAUGAUUUUUCUUCAAGUAAUUGAUAGAGUAAUGAUCUUAUGGUGCUCAAGCGAAAAAAUUAUAGCACCCAUGUAUAUUAAUUUGAGCAACUUAAAGAGGUUCAGUAUUGUAAACGAACUGGAGAUUAGAAUAGAAUUGUCGAAGGGGAAUGAAUUCUGGAAUUCACAUUCGUUAAUAUCCUCUAAUUCAAAAUUACAAAGCUUAGCUUUUAAUGUUGAAUUGAAGAGAAUUCAAUUAAUGCCUUCAUUCCUAAGAAUACUCAGCUCCAUUAUAACCCAUAAUUUAAAUAAAAUUUCCAUUGCUUCUGCGAUAAUAUCCGCUGCAUCAGAUGAUCAAGAUUCGCCGAAAGAAGUAUUUGCAGCAGUGUCAUCAGAAAGUCAGCUAAGUGAUAUUGAUAUUUCCAAGGUAGGAUCUAACAGCUUUCCAAAUUGCCAAAGGCCAACAUUCCCAAAUCCCCAUUCAAAAAAACUGAAUUCGAAUUGCAAAACAAUCCUACCAAAUUUGGAGUUAAAUUCUUCCAUCAAAGAAAAACUUAGGAAUUAUAAAACAACGGAGAAUCAUUCCCUUGCAAUCCCACCACCAAAUUUCUUUGGUGAAGAUCCACUAUCAAUUGAACCCUUGCAAUCCGAAGAUGAUAGUAUCAAAUUUAAAGAUUUCUUAGAAAAUAACAAGCAGAGAAUUUCAAGGGCACCUUCGAUGUAUAGCACCGAGCCAGCAAACCAAAUCACAUUACCCACCCCAACCAGAAUAAUCAAAGAUUUUCACAAAGUGUCUAAAAGGUAUGGGAAGAAGACUAAGAAACAAAGCCAUAAACGAGAUAUCUGGGAUUUCUCGUCGUCCGUUCCCUCCUCUCCUCUGAGAAAACCCAAAAUGGUGACUAAUUCCAUAAGAUCAACGAAAUCAACAGAACCAGAAUAUCUUGCUCAUUCAAUAAUUCCAGACUCUCUAGCUUCUCCUACUUUAUUAGUUCCAGCGAAAGAUGGUAUAAAUAAUGAAAAAACUCCCAUAAAUUCUGAUGCUCAGAAGGGCCCUAUUCUUGAACUUUUUGCAACCAAAUCCAAAUCGAAAAAGAAAAAUAAUAUUGAAAGCUCUAAUGUUGAAACCAUCAUACCUACUACACCUACAAAGUCUAGAAGAAUAUCGAAUAACUUAUACAAUGAUAUAUUUGAUAAUUCUUCUAAGAAAAAUGGUAAUUCAGUUCAGGUAGAAGAUUCUUUGUCCAGCGUGAUCUAUACCCAGGGAAAUUCCAUUCGUAAAUUUCUCGAUAACAUUACUAAACAGGGCGAAUGUAUUAAAUCAAGCAUAGAUAAUUCAGUUAACGACAGAGUGACUCAAGGCAAAUUGUUAAAAAUAAACACACCUAUAGUCGGUAAUUCAACUACGCCUUUAGAUAAUGAUAAACGAAACGAUGAAGCGACCGCUUCCAACGAUGAAUCGAGAUUUGAAAAGUCUCUUACUAAUAUGCAGACGAAUUCCAGUAAUGAGAAUUCUCUCCUAGAAGAUACUACUAUGAAAACAUCUUUUCUUGAUUAUGGGUCCACUCUUAAAGAACUUGAUAUUAACAAGCAAUAUAGUUUGAUUUCCGAAGGAAUGAACUUAUUGUCUUCAAAUCUUAUAAGUCGAAUCAAGAAAUUCGAGAAUGAUAUAUUCAAGAAGCAGAAAGAGUUACACGAAGAGCUUGAAGAGAACUUCAAACAAAUUGCUACAAAUCAUUGUGAAAAUUUGAAAAAUUUUAACAACUACGUCAAAAAAAAAAGUGAUGAAAUAUUUAACGAUUUUCAAUGA